GGACCAGCGCAUCAGCCAGGAUGUGGAGAGGUUCUGCAGGCAGCUCAGCUCCAUGGCCAGCAAGCUCAUCAUCUCGCCCUUCACACUGGCCUACUACACAUACCAGUGCUUCCACAGCACAGGCUGGCUAGGCCCCGUGAGCAUCUUUGGGUAUUUCAUCAUUGGGACGAUUGUCAACAAGGUAUUGAUGAGCCCGAUUGUGUCAAAACUUGUGCAGCAGGAAAAACUGGAGGGAGAUUUCAGGUUCAAGCACAUGCAGAUUCGUGUCAAUGCGGAACCAGCUGCUUUUUACAGGGCUGGGCGAGUGGAGCACAUGCGCACGGACCGGAGGCUGCAGAGCCUGCUGCAGACCCAGAGGGAGCUGAUAGGCAAGGAGCUGUGGCUAUACAUUGGGAUCAACACCUUUGACUACCUGGGCAGCAUCCUGAGCUACGUGGUCAUUGCCAUUCCCAUCUUUUCUGGGGUCUACAGUGGCCUGAGUCCAACAGAGCUCAGCGCCCUGGUCAGCAAGAAUGCCUUUGUUUCCAUCUACCUCAUCAGCUGCUUCAGCCAGCUCAUAGAUCUCUCCAGCACCGUGACCGAUGUAGCUGGCUACACGCACAGGAUUGGUGAACUGCAGGAAACCCUACUGAGCCUUGGUAGAAAAAAAGAUGAUAACUACUCAGAAGCCAAAGCCAGCUGGGAUUUGGAUGGCAGCCAUUCUGAGGAAGACCCAAUGUCAAGCGACACAGCUUUCCUUCUGGAGCGAGUGACGCUCUCGGUGCCGUCCACUGGCAAGCUGCUCAUCAAGGACCUGAACCUCAGGAUCUCCCAAGGAAACAGCAUGAUGAUUGUGGGGAACACUGGCACGGGGAAGACAUCUCUCCUGAGGGUCCUCGGAGGACUGUGGGAGAGCACACGGGGGAGCAUCAAGAUGCUGACCUGCUUCGGCCCCCGGGGAGUGAUGUUCCUGCCGCAGCGGCCCUUCUUCACCGAUGGAAGCCUGCGCGAGCAGGUAAUCUAUCCCCUGAAGGAAAUUUACCCAGUUUCAGGUUCUGCAGAUGAUGAGAGAAUUGUGCGAUUCCUGGAGCUGGCUGGGCUGACUGAUUUGCUGGCGAGGGCUGGAGGACUGGAUGAGCAGGUGGACUGGAACUGGUAUGACAUCCUGUCCCCAGGGGAGAUGCAGAGGCUCUCGUUUGCACGGCUCUUCUACCUCCAGCCAAAAUACGCAGUGCUAGAUGAAGCCACCAGUGCCCUGACAGAAGAGGUGGAGCAUGAACUGUACCGUGUGUGCCUUCAGCUGGGCAUGACGCUGAUCAGCGUGGGACACAGGGCCAGCCUGGAAAAGUUCCACAGCUGGAUUUUGAAACUUCAUGGAGAGGGAAGAUGGGAGCUCAUUCGAUGCGAGAAGAUGAAGCGACUCCCAGCUGGAGAAGUAUGCUGA